AUGACUGAUAUAAUUAUAUUUGAAAACCAAAUACCUUUGUGGGUUUUGAAGGAUCUCCUUCGAUUUCAGAUGGGUUCUGCAGAAGCCGCAAAACAAAAAGUAGAAAACUUAAUGAGCAUGCUGCUUUGGCGUGCAACCCGACAUGAAGUUUUCAUGUGGAAAACUAGAAUUUCUUACAACAUGUAUUGUAAGAAACAUGUCCUCGAAGUAGUCUACCGCUCCAUGGUGGGCACGGAUGUCGAGGAACUGCUAGACUCACAGCCUUCUUCUCCCAAUCGCAUGCAGAUCUGCUUGGAGAAAUGCUUUGGUUCAAUGAAAGCCAUUUGUAGACGUUGGUCUAAUCUUUGUUUGUUCGAUUCCUCCUCAAAUAAGAGCCCUGGCAACGCGGUCGAUAUGGUUUAUCUGAAGCUCCCAACAGCAAUGGAACUCGUGCGCGGAGGGGUGAUGAUCCAGCCAGUUCUCUUUGAAGAUAUAAAAAGGGCAGUCUCGCAAGAUCCAACAAGAUCAAUGGAUUAUUGUUCAGCCAUUCGAUGGAUAAGAUUUGAUGAGAAAACAUCAACGUUGUACUUACCACACUUCAGGGUCACGUCGCAGUUACAUAUAUUGAUGGGAAGCUUUGUUGCCAUGGAAGUUGGCGUUGGAGGGUAUGGUACGAAACCAAUGACUCAGUUUGCGUUCCUUAUGGAAGAGCUGAUAGACAACGAGGAGGAUGUUGCAUUGCUCAGAAACGCAGAUGUGCUUCACAAUUUCCUUGGCAGCAACAAACAAGUGGCGGACCUUUUCAUUCUGGCUAAAGGAAUUACCCAUGUCCAGGGCUGCAAAGCAAUUGAUGGCGUCAGAAAAGGAUUGCAUAUGUAUACAAGAAGAAAGUACAAGAAACUCUGGAGUGAGUUCGUAACCGCUUAUUUUUCCAAUCCAUGGCUGCUUCCUGGAUCCAUGGCUGCCGUGCUGCUAAUUCUGAUGACAGUGGUACAAGAUUUCUGUCUUUUUUUCACUUGUGACCGCUAUUCCUCUUCCUCUUGA